AUGACGUUAAAGUUAUUCUUGGUUUAUUCUUUUAUUAAAAAGAAUGCUAAAUUUUCAACAAGUGAUCCAAAGGGACCAUUAUCAUUACCAAUUAUUGGUGGAUUGUAUUGUUUGAUUUCAAGAGAUCCUCCACAACUUAGAUUACACAGUCUCUCGAAAAAGUAUGGUAAAUUAAUGUCCAUUUGGUUUGGUGAUAACUAUAGUAUCAUUGUCAACGACGCUAGUUUAUUGACCGAAAUGAAUAGCAAAAACUUUAAGAUAUUCAGUGAUCGUCCACCUACCCCAACUCUCCGUCUCUUUUCACCAGACUUUAACGAUCUAUUGAUGGGUCCACACAAGACUUGGAAACCAAUCCGUCAUGCUCUCUCUCCACAUUUCACCAAGACCAAAACCUCUGAAUUAUGGUCCGAUGCAAUCAAUGAAUAUGGCGAACAAUUAACUAGAAAAUUAAAAGAACAUGCUCAAUCUGGUGAACUUCUCAAGUUGAACGAUUUUUUCAAGAAAUAUACAUUUGCAGUUGCAUGUAAAGUAAUCUUUUCAUACAAGAUUGAGUAUACCGAUACUAUUCAAGAUGGUUUGAUGGGUAAAACUUUUGGGCCACUCGAAAGAAUGAUUACGAAAAUGGCACAUGGUCAACUUUUCGAAACUAUCCAUGCCCUCUCUCCCAUCUACUACAUGUUGAUUAGCAAGAUUGGAAAUGAAAUCGAAGAUGUAAAAGGUGAAGUUAGAAAAUAUGUAAAAGAGCAUGUUCAAACUAUCGAUAAAAACAAACCAAGAGACAUGUUAGAUUUUAUGAUUUUACAAGACUAUGAUGAAGAUUUAUUGACCAAUGUAACAUUUGAUUUGAUGAUUACAGGUGUUGAAACAUCGGCCAAUACAUUGAGUUGGGCCGCAUUGUUUUUGGUCAACCAACCACACAUUCAAGAAAAGGUUAGUAGUGAGUUGAGAGAUGCUUUUGGAUUGGACACAAGAGUUCAAAGCAACAACAAACAAGACACUCCAUACACCCAUGCCAUGCUCAAAGAGGUACUCAGAUACAAGCAUAUUGCACCCAUUGGAUUCCCAAGAGUGGCACUCGAGCCAAUCGUCAUUGACGGAUGUUUUAUUCCAAAGGGUACCCAUGUCAUUCCAAACUACUACACCAUUCUCCGUGACCCAAAUUGUUUCCCCAAUCCCGAUGUCUUUAUGCCAGAACGUUUCCUUACAAACGAAAGAUUGGAAUCCUACCUUCCAUUCAACGUUGGUGAAAGAAAUUGCCUUGGUUUACAUGUUGCAAUGGACGAGAUGUAUUCAGCAUUGGCAAACAUUUUCAAGAAUUUCAAAAUCUCCUCACCAACUGGAAAACAAUUGGAUGAAUCCGAAGUUGCAGGAAUUGCUAUCCAUCCACUCAAUCAUGCAUACAAGAUUGAAGCGAGAUAA